AUGGAGAGAGUGAACCCGCCCUUUGUCUCAGCACCUGCAGCUGUAGAACCGAAAAGUCGCGCUGCCCUUAUUGAAAGGAAAUUGGCGCUCAAUAAGUAUAUCCAGCUAGGCUUUACUUGUUUUGGUGCAGCGCAAUGUCGAAUUAGGUUGACUGAAGUCUUUCCAGAUCAAGAGUUGGAAAGGGGUGGCUCAGCAACAUUGUGGGCUACUAAACAGUCCAUUGGGCAUUUCUCAGCACAAUACUGGGUAUUGCGUCCCAGGCUUUGGAUUUCCAUUUUAGCCGACAGCUUGAUCAGAAAAUUUGUUUUUAAAAUUUCGGAAAGAGAAACCUCUGUUGACGUACUGCAAGGUAGCGUAACUCAUCCAACUACAAAUAGAUAA